AUGGUUUUCAAGGUAAGAUCGUCACACGCAAAACUGAAAAUGCAAAAGUUUAAAGACUGUGUUUUAUGUAAACUAUUUGAAUUUGUGUAAUAAGUGUGAUUUCUUUGUCUUUGUAUCAGAUGGAGCUCCUGUUGCUGCUAACGAUAUUGACAUCAUGUGCCGCGGCUCCUCAAGGUAAAAAUAAUCAUUGUGUAACAGAGGGAACACAAACGUAGUAUUGCAUUCAGAUUUAAACCGCUUGUAAGAAGUCUCAGUUUAACCCCAAGCUUAAACCUGUGUUUUCUCCACUCUAAUUUAUGAGUAAAGAAUAUUCUUAUUGAUAUAUAGUAAAUAAUAACAUAAAAACUGAAUCGACCAAUAUCCUCCACAGGCAAACAUUCAGUCUGAGUGCAAGUUCUGUUUUAAAGGUGCAGUGAGUCGACCAUUUAGCAAUAUCUAGUGGCCAAAGUCUGGGUUGUAACACUUCCUUGCUCAAGCCUCUUGCUGCUGAAGCUUGGCAAGCAGCGUUGGCCUCUGAGGACAUGGAGAUCCUGGGUUGUAUGCUUAGUUUGAUCCCCCCAUUUGUCAGAUUUUUUUAAUAAUAAAAAAUGCCUAUUAAUACCAGUUUUACACACACCAGAAAACUAUUCUUUUCUUUAGGUUCCAACUAGUGCAUUUCACAUUCUCUGAGUGCUCAAUCAUUGGUAAAACUGGAGGGAAAAAAAACGCUGGCUCUUACUUAUUUUUUGCAUCAUUCUAAUUGUACCCUGUAAAUGUACGGAAAACUGCUUGUAGGCAUCACUGCCACAUUUUAAACAUACGACUUAAUUACUCUAAGAGCUUUAUGCAUUUGUCUAAUUAGUUUUAAAAUGCAUCAGAAAUACAGCCCCUGAACAUCUCGCUCCACAAACAAAAAGAUAAAGCAGAAUGAUGACUACGAGUAUGGUGAAAAGCUUCUGUGACAUGCAAUGCUGUACAUCAUAUUUGGACAAUCAGCUGUCUUUUUUAGGCUUUCUACUCUGGUGCUGUCAUAACCUGGCUCAAGGGCCAUGACAAAUGUGGGAAGGACACAGAAAAUACUUGCAACAGUGGCUUGUUUAUUUCAAAAAUACAGAAAAAACCAAGUGAAUAAUCUACAGCAAAACAUGGAGUGUGUUAGUCAGUUCAGUCAGUGGUGUAACUGUGGAUUUGUGUGGUGAUUCACCGUAGAGUGUUGUCAAGCGAAACAAACAAAGACAAAAUGUACCGGUGAAGGCUGGGAUGGUUUUGGUGAAAUGAGAGAGAGAGAGAGAGAGAGAGAGAGAGAGAGAGAGAGAGAGAGAGAGGUCAGCAGCAGGGUUGGGCUUUUAACCCUGCCAGGGCCAGGCCCAGGUGAUCCAAAUCAUCAUCAUGAACAGCACUCAGGUAUCUCUGCAGCAAGGUGGAGAAGACAGAACAGGUUAAGCAUAGAAGAGCUGAAGGAUAACUGCAACAGAAGCCAUCACAGUACACUCUACACAUCUUUUACAACAACAUUAGAGAACAAGCUAUAUAUAUAUAUAUAUAUAUAUAUAUAUAUAUAUAGAGAGAGAGAGAGAGAGAGAGAGAGAUAGAUAUAGAUAUAGAUAUAGAUAUAGAUAUAGAUAUAGAUAUAUAUACAUCUUCGUGCACAGAGCUUGAGUACUGCCUUAUUUUAGUACUUUUGUGUGUCUCCAUAUGUUUUUUUUGGCAGCUUGAUGGUACUGGGUGCUGUUCCCCUAACAACAGGGUAUAUUAUUGCAGUAUAUGUGGAAGACCAUCUGGCAUAGGAGUGGAGUUGUCCUCUUCUUUUCACUCAGAUUUUACUGGCAUAUCUAAGACUGUAGAGACGCUGUAGAGAGUUGGUGUUCAUCUGACAUUAUUCUCCAGCAAAAACAGAGAAGUUAGCCUCAUGUAACACCCGUGACCAGAUGUGAGCAUCAUGUAGAAAGUCAUUGGUAAAUAUUUAGGCGCUGUAAUAGAAGAGAAACUGAAGGUCCCUAUAUGCUAAAAAAGUACCAGCACACUGAGGGUUUAAAGGGAUUUCCAGCAUAAAAUUAAUUUAGGGUCAAACACACCGUAACAUGGAGUUAGAUAUGUAGUUUCUUAAAGUUUUAACGUUGACUUGUAAAAUCUGGAUGGUAGUGUUGCCACCUUUAGAGCAGUGUUUGUGACUGAUGUUUCUUAAUGCCUGUAAGACUACUGUCUGUCAAAAUAUAUAAUGUAUGCAUCAUUGGACAAGUUGGUCACCACAAGGUAACUGUAAUUAUUAGUUUAGAAAUUAUGAUCAGCCUUUAGCCUUGCAAAAUAGAUCAAAUGAAGAUCGGUGCUAAACUAUCAACCAUCAGGUAUUCAAAACACUUUUUCUUUCAGAUAUGUCGGGCCAAAUGUUCACCUUCCCUCAGCAAACCAAGAGCUCUUAUGUAAGGCUGAUGACAUCCAUGCGUGACCUGAGUGCUAUAACCGUCUGUCACAGGUAGAACUUCAUGAAUAAAGUGCACCAAGAACCUCCCUGUAUCUCAGACUGUAAAAGGCUUUAUUUAUGAUGAUUUCUGACUUACACCCCCAGGUCCUUUACAGAUCUCAAGCGAGAUCACUCCAUCUUCUCCCUGGCCACACCCUCAAAUAUCAAUGCCUUCCUGAUUUUUUGGGAUGCAGCAAACAAAGAAAUGGAGGCCCACGUCAAGGAUACCAAAGCUGAAUUUGCAGGGCUGGACUACAAGCCAAACAUGUGGCACUCCAUUUGUACUACAUGGGAGUCUUCAACUGGACUGACGCAGCUCUGGUUUAACGGAAGGCCGACUAUCAGGAAAACUACCAGUAGUGGAUCAAGCAUUUCAGGGACAUUUAUCAUUGUUUUAGGACAGGUACAGUUAGACUCAUAGGCAUAAUAUGAAGGAUCAGUUCAUUCUAUAAAUCCUGACUGAUAUAUUUAUAUAAAAUUCAACUUCAUGAAUCUCAGUCUUGUUUUAUCUCUACAGGAGCAGGACGCCCAUGGUGGAGGGUUUGAUGUCAAUCAGUGUAUGAUUGGAAUGAUGUCUGACGUUCACAUUUGGGACCAUGCCCUCUCAGCCUGUGAGAUUCACAAAUACACGGACGAUCUGAACUUCACUCCAGGAAAUGUGAUCAACUGGAGGUCGCUGGAUUUCCAGACUUUUGACAGGGUUGUUGUGGAAAAAGAAGAAAUGACCUGUCACUGAUAUCUGAGACAAUAUCAACUACAUCUUAGAAAGUGAAAAUCUCUCAGUUUUAUUGUAUCACAUCCAGCAUGAAGUAGGCAGACAGACUAAGGAAACACAUUGGAAAAAGAACAACACCUGGGUGCUUUAGCAUGUAAAGGUAUGAGUAUAUGAGAGGGCCUGAGGAGGACACUUCAGGUGUAGAGGUAAGAUGGUUUUUGAAGGCAGUUAGGUGGCAUGCUUUCCUAGAAAAAAUCAAGUUCAACUUCUAACUCAAUGACAGGAAAAUAUUUACUUUGAUUCUUGAAUGCGUUCAACUUUUAAAUCAUAAUGUUCUCAAAUUAGUGCUGAACUCACACCAGCAUGUGAAGCUAAAUAAUCAAUGUCUUUCAAAAUCAAAAUCCUGUUGUUUUUAAUUUGAUGUCAAGAGCUAACAGAUUCAUUGGACUUUGACUAUGUUUGAUAAAGUGGAAUUUUUCAUCUGUGUGAGUCUCUUUCUUGGUCUGUUCUCGUGAUUUGUUAUGCAAGCAAGUAAUUUUACUUAUUACAGUUUUCAACCAGCAACUUCAUUUCAAACAAAUACUUGACAGUGUAAAAAAGCUCAAGUUAAUAAACAACUAUGGUGCCCAGUUUCAAGCUCUUGUAUGUCACGUUUUGUAUUUGAUGCUUUCUAUGGACCUUAACACUUUGUUUUUACGACACCACUGUGAUUGUGUGAUUGGAGCUAAAACUGUAUUUUGAGGUGCAAAAGUCCAUAGAUAAAAUGAAUAAGGACCUUACUGAUAAACCACAGCGAGUUAAUGAAUUGCCCCUUAUCAGAUUUUAUAAAGUAAAUAAGUUCAAAUUGAUUAACAAGUUCCUGAGAGAAGAACACACUUAAAACAGCUUUAUUUGAGACAAGUGUCACGCAGAUUAUAACCAGUUAUACCUUAAUAUUACUAAAAGAAACUCUCAGUAAACUUAACAUUCACCAAACAUAAAAGUCAAAAUAACUUUCUCUCAGACAAACCACUCGCCCUAUAAAUCUUUGAAAGAAGGUAGGAGUUUGGUGCACGUGUGAAUAGAGUCUGAGGAAAUUUAGACUACUGGAGUUUAAGCCCUUUGUUUGAUAUUUAACUCUCUGGUUGUUCUUGGGAUAAAGAGUAUAAACCCUAUAUUUAAUUGAAAACGAAAAUCUCUUAUAAGUAAACCUGGAAAGAGGUUCAAAACUUUGGGGUGAACAUCAAACGAGUUUCUCUUUAACACGGUUUCUGUCAUUCUAGUUUGUUCUUGUAAGGCUGAGUCAUGUCUAAAUGCUCAUUUUUCUAAAAAGUUUAGUUUCAAGUAGUUUUUUGAUUUUGAAAACAGCAUAAUUGACAGCUUUGAUGUUUUGGCUCCAUUCUUCUCACAGUCACUGAAAUUUGUUCCACAGAAGUUGAUGUGACACUGACAGAAACACCCCCUGCCCAAACUUUUUGAAAAAUAAAACAAAAUUUUUAGUUUCAACAUUUCACAUGUUGCCUUUGUACUACUUUUAAUUAAAUGUAGAGCUUUUGUGAUUUGAAACCUUCCAAAUCUGUUUCUAUUUACUUUUAACACAGCGUCCUAAUUUCAGAGGGAUUGGGGUUGCACUGAGGUUUACUUUUUUAUGCUGACUUGCACACUCCAAAUCUGUUUAGCUUGUUGUGCUUCAUCUUUCAGGUUAGAUUGGGAACCACUGAGUUGCCCUUGUUUAUGUGUGUUUGUGUGUGUGUGUGUGUGUGUGUGUGUGUGUGUGUGUGUGUGUGUGUGUGUGUGUGUGUGUGUGUGUGUGCUUGUGUGUUUUUUUUUUUGUUUGUUUUUGUUUUGUUUUAAUGAUUAACUUGAUGCUAUGAAUUAGUCCAGUGACUGCAAUAAGGAAGUAGCUAAGUUAUAAAAGUCAUUGAUGCACUGAUAUGAAACUAAGAUGCAUAGCUGGGUGAAAAAACAACCCAGUUAGGUUCUUUUUUAUGUAAUAUCUUUGCAACAAAAAGUUACUAAAAUCUCAUGCUUCAGUAAUUUUUGGAAAAUCUUGUUUUUUCUCUGAAAUGUUGAACUUACCACUUUUAAAGUUUUAAGAAAUUGUAAUUUUUGCAAUACUCCCCCAAGCUUCCAUGAAUGGAUCUGAGAUGACCUACUUUUGUUUCCUAUGGGAAUUUUUGAUUCUUAUUACCUGUCAGGAUCAUAUUUACUGUGGACCACAUUAUUUAUUUUAUAAGUGUAUAAUUUCUAAUGAACAACUUAAACUCAACAAGAUCUGAUUCAUUUAAUUAUUGUCUGAAUUUUGACCUCAGAAAAUAUUAUUUUGUCAUAUCUUUAAUCAUGAUAGUCUAAUUAGCAUUUGUAGAUCAUAUGGAAGCAUCAGUGACAACUUCUUUCCCUUUCAAAAACUGGAGAAAAAAAAACUCCACACAAGAGCUUUAAAUACAUAAAGAUAGUUGACUUAUUUAUCUUGAGGUGGGUUGGAAUAAAAAGAUAAAUGAAAGACAAAUAAUAAUUUGAAGCCAAAGUUGCUUUAAAUACAUUGAUUCUAACAUGGGUUAUUUUUGACCCAGUUACGGAAGAGUGCAGGAUCCAGGAAGUCAUGCAUGUAAGGGAAACACAAUCCUGUUGGCUGCUAUAAAGUCAAUCAAUGACAGCAAUAAGGAAGUAGCUUUGGUUAUAAAAGUCCCUAAUACGCUAAUACUAAACACAACACUCUGACACAGAGAUCAAGGUAAGACAUGAUAAAAACUGAAGAAAAAACAGAAAUUUCAUUUUGCAAACUGCGGUAAGGGACUGCAUGUGUCACACGGGUUGGUAAAGUCUUAGAUUGUUCUUGAUUCAUUUGAUAUUUAAAGGGUGCAUAUGUUUUUUUUUUUUAUUAGAUGGCGUUGCUGCUUCUGUUGGCGAUGCUGACCGUAUGCGCUGCUCUUCCUCGAGGUAAAAAUACAUACCUUCAUUCUUUAAUACAGAGAACAACAAAACUCUGGAAAAGUGUGCUGUCUCGAUGUGUCUUAUCUUUCUUACUUUUUUAAGGCACAAGUAAACUUUUAAACUUUUAAAGACAAAAUAUAAAUAUGCUUACUGUUGAGGACAACAGUUUGGCAAAACUUGAGUGACAAAGUUGUGUCAGAUGAGACUAAUUCAUUUCAUUUAAUGUUUUUCAUCACCUCGCAGUUAAAGGUUUGGGCUUUUUCAUAAAAAAUGUUGUUAUUCUUGAUUGUUUAUGUAUGCACAAGAAUUGAGACUAAAGUAAUGAUUUUGUUAAAUUGUACAUAUGUAACAGUAGACUACUAUUGGUCUGAAACUGUGUGAUUUGUGUUAAUAGUUUUUGUCAUAGUAUCUUUGUGUUUUGAUUUCUUUCUUUAUCGAAGAUAUGUCUCGUAAGAUGUUUACCUUCCCACAAGAGUCAAACACAGCUUAUGUGAGGCUGACAACAUCGAGACAGAGUUUGAGGGCUGUGACCGUCUGUCUGAGGUGGUGUCAUAUAUGCAGAAUUUUCCCUGAAUAAAAAUGAUGAUCAUAGAUAUCCUUAUGAAAUCAGCAGUAAUGACAAUAUUUUUUGUUUGUUUGUUUUUGUCUCCACAGAACCUUUACAGACCUGAAUAGAGAUCAUGCCCCCUUCUCUCUAGCCACACCUGGUGUUUUCAAUCACUUCUUGAUUUACAGAUAUGCUGCAAGUAAUGAGUUUUCCAUGAAUGUCAGGAACAACGAAGUUAAAUUCAGAGAGCUGGACUACAAGCCGAACACGUGGCACUCAUUUUGUUCCACAUGGGACUCUGUCUCUGGUGUGGUGCAAGUUUGGUUGGAUGGAAAGCCCUCAAGCAGGAAGUACAUCUCUGGAUCAAUGAUCACUGGACCUAUGAUCAUUGUUCUGGGACAGGUAUACUCUUUUAACAAUAUGGGAAUAAACUUACAUUAAUUAGCCCAGAGUGUGUUAGCACAGAUUACCGUAAAGACUAGAAAUACAAGCAACAAUGUAUUUUGACUAAGCCUUUGUUAGGGUCAGUGAUUAUUGAGAGUCACAGUUGGAUUAUCAGUUUUCUCAUCACUUGUGUCCACUCCAAUCUCUCUGCAGAAGGCAAAAGUUAGUCGACUUCUAUGGCCUGCAGUUUUCACUCUCUGAAAAUAAUCUCUGAUGGGAAGUCAGCGCCAUGAACCACAGCAAAAGUCAUGUUAUAUGCCCAAUUAGAACAAAAACAAAAGCACUGACGCCAAGAAUGAGUCCAGAGAUUAAACUGGCUGUAUGGAUGAUACAAAGUGAACCAACAAAAUUCACUUUUCACUCAAAAUGAUCCCAUCACAUACCUUUAGGUUAAAUAUACUAAAAACACCACAACAGUUACUGAUCAAGUAAUGAUGUAAAGAAACCCCUUUAUUUUAACAGUUUGUAAAAAUGUUUCUCUCUCAUAUAAAAGUCAACAUUUUACAAAGGAGGAUAAAAAAAUCAACAAAUAAAUGAGGUCAGAUUUUUUAAAACUCUGACUUCAGUCUCAUUACUCUCUGAGAUUUAAAUCAGAGUUCUGACUUUUUUACUACUAAUAUGCUCAUAUUGAAAUCUGUAUUUAGAGUAUAAAUUUCAUCACAAUGUAACAACUGUCUCUUGAACAAUUUCUACAGGACCAGGACAGUUACGGCGGAGGGUUUGACGCUAAACAGUCAUUUGUUGGCAUGAUGUCUGAUGUCCACAUGUGGGACUACACCCUCUCACCCUGUCAGAUUCAACGCUACACGAAUCACUUAUCCUUCUCCUCAGGCAACGUGCUUAACUGGGCGGCGUUGUCGUUUCAGACCUUUGGCAGGGUUCUGAUCGAAGAUCAACAAAGGGGCUGUUUCUAA